AUGCGGGGGAUUCUGGCGCAGACUCAUGACUAUGAUGAGGCGCUGGAUAGUUUCGGAAAGAGGAAGGCCGAGUGGACUCCAGAAGAGAUCCGCAAGAAUCAGAAGGCGCUUGCCCUAAUUCAGUUGCAUCUUCAUAAUGAUAUUUUGCAGGAGUGUCUCGAAAGAGAAAAUCUGCUGCAGAACUAUGGUCAAACCGGAAUCGAUCUCAGUAUGUCCAAGGAUCUAACCAGUAAGAUGCAGAUGAAGAUGAAGCUGUUCACCCUGGAAGAUGAAGGAGGAGGAUUAGUGAUGAGCCACAUCGCUGAAUUCAAGAAGAUCGUCGCCGACCUAGUGUCGAUGGAGGUGAAGUAUGAUGAUGAGGACUUAGGUCUUUUUUAUCGCUAUGUUCUUUGCCAAAUUCAGUAUGCAAAUUUUCGUGACACCAUACUUUUGAGCCGUGAUGAACUAACCCUAAAGGAAGUUUAUGAGGCUCUCCAGUCUAGGGAGAAGAUGAGAGGCAUGGUGCAGAAUGACGGGACGUCGUCCUCCAAGGGCGAUGCUUUGCAUGUGAGAGGCAGAACUGAAAACAGAUCCUCCAAUGAUGGCAAUGAUGGAAGAAAGAACUACGAAAGGAGAGGCCGUUCAAAGUCCAAGCCGCAUGGUAAUAAAAAGUUCGUGUUUAUUGCAAGUCGACAAAUCAUAAUAUUGAGGAUUGCGAAAAAAGCUGAGAAUAAGGAGAAGAGGAAAAACAAGUCGGUUUGGUAA